AUGGCCCAUUUUUCUGUUCCAUCUAGCUGUGGGACGAUGGGGACUCGUAUUUACUGCCUAUCUAAGCCGGCAGCUUCGUGUGCCGAAGUCAGGCUCAGAGUACGAGUAGAGAAGUUCGCUCGUUUGGGAAGUAAAUGCGGAUAUCUCUCUGCGUCUCUUCUUCUCUGCCCUCUUAUUUCAGAUGGGCACCGGUCCAAGACGAGACCGAUUUCUUCUUGCAACAGAAAUAUCGUUUCCAAUUUGAGCAGAAGCAGUGAGGAGAGGAGAACCCGUGUGCGGCUUGAGAGUAGGGCCAAUUCUCGGAGGCGGAGGCCAUUCUCUCUUAGGCUGCGUCCAAGAUUCCGCUUGCUUUUCUCGAGACUGCGGAGGCUACCCUUUCGGGCUUCGGUUGAGCAAGUGAGACAGUUUAUGCACAGGAAUUUCAGAAUUGUUGUCUUGGUGACUUCAAUCUCUGUGGCUCUGGGUCUCUGUGCGCUGUUUCUGAAAUUGACGGCGGUUCCUUCCCCCAGGAUCGUCCCCUACUCGGAUUUGGUGACGGAUCUGCAAGGUGGGUAUGUCUCUAAAGUGCUCUUCGAAGAGGGAUCUCGUCGUAUAUUUUACAAUAAGCACUCUGUGGUCCCUCAUGAUCCAACAUCCGUACCCUCGGAGCCUGGAAUUCAGUGUGAUGACACGUUGGAAACAUCAGGUAGGACAUUGGGCCCUGCCGUGACGACCGGGGGGGAAAGAAGUAGUUCUCUCCCGCAGUGGCAGUUCUCUACGAGGAAGAUUGACCAUGAUGAGAACUUCCUUCUUAGUUUAAUGAGAGAGAAAGGGGCGGUGUACAGCUCAGCUCCUCAGUCGGCUCUUAUGGCAAUGAGGGGCCUUGUGAUCACCAUCUUGACCCUGUGGAUUCCUUUGACACCUUUGAUGUGGUUGCUGUAUCGCCAAAUCUCUGCUGCCAACAGCCCUGCUAAGAAGCGAAGGCCUACUACCCAGAUGGUUGACUUUGAUGACGUGGAGGGUGUUGAUGCUGCCAAGGCAGAGCUCAUGGAGGUGGGUUUUCUGUUUUCUCCUGCGCCAUUCCACAAUUUAAUCUUAAAAGAUUACUUUUUCCCCAAUAAGUCGAUGUUUACAAUGAUUUGAAUCUAUAUUUAUGGUAAUAAAUUUCUCUGAUGAUAAACAAAUGAAUUUCUUGCAUGUAAGUGUUGGAUGUAAGCGAGAACAGAGAUUAUUUCCUCAUGACGAUGCUAGGUAUAUGAGCUGUUGAUCAGUGUCUAGUAGGCUCUUGGUGAUGACCAAUAUCAUAUUUUCUCAUCUGUAAUUCAUUAUUAUAUAAUCCAUUCUUUUAUCACCUUAGCGAAUUGUUGAGUUAUCCAUGGAACAACAAUAGAAAAGGAUUCUGAAAUGAUUGGUAAAAAAUCAAUCAGUUUUCACAGUUGAGAAAUGCAGAUAAUGUAAUAGAGUGAUCACUGAGUCCAUGACAACUCUCUUUCUGCAUCAGCUUCUUCUUCAUUGUCACAACAAAAGUUGCCUACAGUGAUUUUUAGAAAAUUUGAAGCUCCAGAUAGCAUACGAAUAUCUCUUUUGCCGAAGAUGGUAACCCCAUCCCUUUUGGAAUAUGUUAGGCAUGCCCUUCAAUCCUUUUCGUGGGUGGUGCAGAUCUAGUUUUUAAGAUAUCUAAAGACUUGCUGGACUAAAUUCAGCAGAAGUGCUUGAUAAGAAAAGGAUUUCGAUUUGUAUAUUUCUAUAUAUCAAACCUCAUUAAAAGCUGGAUACGAAAUGGAAAUUACAAUCAUCCGAUUUUUAAUUUUUUCCCGGUUUGUAAUGGAAAUAAAAAUAGUGUUAGUUAAAGAUGGCCGUCAGAACGAUUGAGUAAGAUUGCUAAUCAGUUUCUCUGCAUUCAUUCUGAGGAUAGACAUUUUAUGUGAUUUUCUUCUAUCACCGUUGCCAUUCUGCCUUAAAACCAAUGCUGUCUAUUUCUCAUCCUCAUUGAUGUUCCCUGAUGAAUUGCAAUGUUUUCUUUUAACAUUGGAUAAAACGAAUUAACAUAGUUUUCUUUUGGGGUAUUAUUUUUAUAGAUAGUUUCAUGCUUACGAGGAUCCAUCAACUACAACAAGCUGGGAGCAAAGCUACCCAGAGGCGUUCUCUUGUCGGGCCCCCCAGGAACAGGCAAAACGCUGCUAGCACGUGCUGUUGCUGGGGAAGCUGGAGUCCCAUUCUUCUCAGUCUCUGCGAGUGAGUUUGUGGAACUGUUCGUUGGAAGAGGGGCUGCUCGCAUUCGAGACCUGUUCAAGGUGGCCAGGAAGUAUUCACCAUCCAUAAUCUUCAUUGAUGAGCUUGAUGCUGUCGGAGGAAGGCGUGGGAGGAGUUUCAACGAUGAGAGGGACCAAACACUGAAUCAGGUAAUUUCCAACACCAGUAAAUCAAACCCUUAGUCUUACAGUAAUCUGCUUAUAAUUCCUCACAAGCUGUCAACAGGCCUACUUAAUUAGGGAUGGGAGAGAGAGAGAGAGAGAGAGAGAGAGAGAGAGAGAGAGAGAGAGAGAGAGAGAGAGAGAGAGAGAGAGAGAGAGAAUAAUUAAUGAGGGUGGUUUACCCUUUUUCAUAUAAAAUUAGUUGUUAUGUUUUCUUUAACUAGAUUGAGGGGCUCAGUACUAAUGCUUGGCAUGCUUCAGGAGAGUUACAAAUCCAAGUGAAAAGAUGAGGGACUUAUCCACAAUUUAACUAUUUAAUUGGGAGCCAAAACCUAUUAACCUGACCUGAUUGUGUGUAUUAUUGCAGUUGUUGACGGAAAUGGAUGGAUUUGAGUCAGACAUGAAGGUUAUUGUCAUUGGUGCAACAAAUAGGCCUGAUGCGCUUGAUCCGGCCCUCUGUCGGCCUGGCCGUUUCUCCCGAAAGGUGGUGGUGGGAGAGCCAGAUUACGAAGGCAGGAGGAAGAUUUUGGGUGUCCAUCUGAGGGGGGUCCCCUUGGAGGAGGACUCACAGCUUGUGUGCAAUCUUAUUGCUUCUCUCACUCCGGGGCUGGUAGGAGCUGACCUUGCCAACAUCGUAAAUGAGGCUGCCCUCCUGACUGCCAGAAGAGGUGAUUGCCAUCUCAUAAACCAUAUAUUGGGUACUAAUCAGUGGGCCAUUUUAAGUGGGGUUGGUGCACAUACUUAAUAAACAUGUCCUUAUUUCUAUGGAAAUCCAUAAAAAAAUUAUUUUCUUUUCGAAGACUCUAAACUUAUCUGGGAGAAAAAUCGAGUAUAUCAGCAUUAUCCCUGUUAUGCACCAAUUAUUGGAUCACUUGGGAAUGAUAUGCUGUCAUGAAUGGCAAUCAUAGAAUGUCACCUUCCUCCCCAUUGAAUGUUCAUCUGGUGGACUGAUAUGCUGUCAUGAAUGGCAAUGACUUGGCUAUCAGUCAUUUUACUGGGUGGUUUAUGUUUAAUAUAUCACAGUUGCCCUUCCUUUUUCUCGCCUACAUAUGCUUUCUUUUUAUAGGAAACCAUUGGAUUUUUAUUUUGUCCCUUUUCGGAAGAGUCCAAAAGAAGGCAUAAUAAUAUUUUUCGAUGCCCCUCAAAUGUUGGGCUGUUUUCUAAUAAUGCGCCAUGUUUAGAAAUUAGUGUUUCAAUUUAUGGGAACAUAUACGUCUGCACAAAUUUGUCAAUCCCUCAUCCUUCAGCACCCACAUACUUGCAAGGAAGAAAGGCUCAUAUAUUUUUCUGUCUUAGGUAUUUAGUCUUUCAUCUCGAAACCCUUCGCUGAUGAAUGGACAGGGUUCAUCCAUGUAUCCUCUGGGUUUUGAUUAAUUUUUCAUAAUGUUGUGUCAUUUAUCAUAACAUGUACCAUAGUUAGUAGCAACUGGUUGAGCUUAUGGAAGAAUGUGUAUUUAUAGAAACUAUUUGAUGAAAUUUUUCUCUCUCCUCCUUCAAUGCCUAGACAAUCUCAUCUGCGAUCAAAACUACAUGAACCUUCCUUUAUUGUGGGCAGGUGGUGAGGUGGUGACUCGAGAUGAUAUCAUGGCGGCCGUGGAGAGAGCCAAAUUUGGCAUCAAUGAACGGCGAUUGACUCCGGAGACCAUCAGCAAGGGGCUUGAGAAGCUUUUUCCAUGGAUACCUUCUCUGAUAAAGGAGAAUGAGUUUCUCGGAUACCAAACGUUAAGCUAA